AUCUGUGCAUCACUGCAUGGACUAGGCACCAAGCCAAAGGCUGAAUUCCUACGAGUCCAUGCAGCUCCCACACGUUUACAGCACUAGGACCCAGAGGGAGCUUAAUUUCUGUGAGUCAGUGCAGCUAGCUGAGCCUGAGAGCAGUGAAUGAGGCUGGAAAGGCAGAGGGAAUGUGAAUGGCUCUUCUGGCUUGGGAAAGUGUCCACGGACUGGGGUGCUACAGACUACAAAACAGCUUGGACAAUCCUCCGGAUUCCCUGUACCCCCGGCGUCCAGUGAUACUGCUCUGAGGGUCCAUAAUAAUGUGCUAAUAAAAGAUCAGAUUCUGCUUGACUUGUUACGUAUCAAAACUCCCAUUGAUUUCAGUGGAAAAAGAUUCAAGCACAAAGACAGAAAAAAAUCAAAUACAAGUGGAACGCAGAAUAAGCAACUCCCAGACUCAGCUACGCAGUCAAACUGGCCCGAUGGCAUGCUGCAGCCAACCCCAGCUCAGCGUCUGGAUGAAAUAAAGACCUUGCUGGGGGAGCAGUUUUUUGUGCAGUAUACUCAGAGGUGCAUAGCGUAAUGCCCAUGCUGUACUACACUCUGAUUAUAGCUUUUUUGAUCGGCACACAGGCAGCUCCAAAGUCAGAGGACAAUGCUCCACUGGAGUAUCCUGCAGAACACUCCCUGCUCAAUACCCACCGGAGUAACAGACACCACACUCCCAAGGCAGCUCCACUGACAACCCAUGGCCACUCUACUUGGGCAAUAGGUAGAAGAGAAGCUGUAAAUAUCACCAUGGACCCAAAAUUUUUUAAGAGGCGGCGUUUCCGGUCUCCUCGGGUGCUGUUCAGCACAGAGCCCCCCCCAGUGUCUGGGCAAGGACAGAAUAUGGCAUUUCUCAGCAAUGCAGAUUCUCUCAACAGGACUGCCAGGACCAAGAGGACCACGCAUCCUGUAUUACACCGGGGAGAAUUCUCAGUGUGUGACAGUGUCAGCAUGUGGGUUGGAGACAAAACCACAGCCACUGACAUUAAAGGCAAAGAGGUGACAGUGUUGGGAGAGGUCAACAUUAACAACAACAUUUUCAAGCAGUACUUUUUUGAGACCAAGUGCAGGGAUCCUAAGCCAGUCUCCAGUGGGUGCCGAGGGAUUGAUGCAAAGCACUGGAACUCUUACUGCACCACAACACACACCUUUGUCAAAGCGCUGACAAUGGAGGGCAAGCAAGCAGCCUGGCGAUUUAUUCGAAUUGACACAGCCUGUGUGUGUGUGCUCAGCAGGAAGUCAGGGAGACCCUGAGAUGGAUGUAAACCCCAUGACAACAUCUUCCUACCCCCCUACCUCAGUCUGUAAAUUAUUUUAAGUUAUAAAGGACUGCAUGGUAUAUUUAUAGUUUAUACAGUACAGAAAGAACCUCAUUAUUUAUUAAACUCUUUUGGAAACCUUU